CCAUGGGUGUGUUUCACUGUUCGUCAGGAGAGAAUAAUUUUUGUCUUUAACUGCCUCAUCUCGUACCAAACCGUCAACCCAGUAGGUGGCGGUAAUGCCAUACAGUACCAAGGGGUAAACCGCCAUUAAACGAGAAGAAGAAGAACUUUGUUAUGAAUCCCACUAUCAGAACACAAUAUUGCUCGUUUAAAAUUGAUACAUAUUGCUGAGCGCCACUUCUCUUUCCACGCACGCCAACCAACAAGACUUCCUCAGGCUCGCUAUCCCGUUCUUCAUGGCCGCCGGACGACUCCGGAUGCUCUCCCGGUGGGUUCGACCAGUAACGACCCCCUCAGCGUGCAACCUCAAACCAGUGGCGCCCCAUCCUUCCACGGCGUUUUGUCGCUCUGCCAGCAACAGACGUGUGGGGACGACACACGGAGCUAAAACUAGACCCCGCAGAAAUUAUGAUGACGAUGACAAUUUCACCAUGGAGGACGUAGAGGACAAAGUCAACGCUGUGCUGGAAGAGGUUAUAAAGAAGCAGAAGAUCAUCAAAUACAACAUAAUGCGCAGAAAGAUGACACCAUCAGGCGCUCCGGAAAGGAACUUGACUUGGGAAGCCAUAGAGACCAUCCGGUACCUUAAGUCUGAAAACCCAGACGAAUGGACGGUGGAACGUCUGUCUGAAGGAUUCUCGGUCAGCACCGAUGUGAUCCGAAGGGUGCUCCGGACCAAGUUUAGCCCGGCGCCUCACAGGAGAGCCGUGCAGGAUGCCAAGGUGAGGUCCAGACUCCAGCAGCCAGCAUUGCCUCUGUGUUCAGCAGCGACAGAUCAAAACAAACAGACCCUGCAAGCAGGUCAUUCACUACGUCAGCUCCUGUCUCCUGGAAACCCGGAAGCUGCUUCAAUUCCCGUGUCACUACUUACGGCUGAAGCCCCAACUAAAGCUUCAGCUCUAGUUACGGUUCCGGUAAUGCUGCCAAAAUGUCACAAAGAUUCUGCAGUGCCAACAACAAGGCCGGCCCAGGUCACCUCAGCCCAAACUGAUAUGGUAGAGGAGGAGGAGGAGGAGGAGGAGAUGUGGGAUGGACAGGUGUUGUCUGAGGAAGACCUCGACGAGUUUAGGGACAGUAAGCCUGCACCUGUGCUUCGAGAUGGUAAUGAUUUCUUUGAUGACAAUGGCCAAUUUUUGUACAGAAUCUAAUGACCACAAAAAGAACUCGAUUCAACUGAUUUAAAUGUAGUCCUGCUAAUAAAAGCCAAGUGAAA